GGUGGCAGUUGUCGGAUGUUGUCUGUGAUUUUUCGUUGCAAAUUUUUUUUUUUUUAAUUUAAGUUUGUGUUUUUGCAAUUAAGGUUAAUCAAGUAUUACACAAAAUGUCGAACAAAUUCGAUGCGUUGAAAAGCAGUGAUGACAGUGGUGAAGAGGAAGUCAGUAACAAAGAUCUCCAGAAAGCAGAAAAGGAGUCUUUGGCUCCAAUAGAUGUGCCAGCAUGGGAGCAUAAGUUGCAGUAUGCAUAUUGCUUAUGGUUCAGUCGGCGGUCUCCAGGAAAGCAAGCUUCUCUGCAAAAUUAUGAUCAAAAUCUGAAGCUGAUAGGACGGUUUGCCUCUGUGGAACAGUUCUGGGCCUUGUAUAGUCACCUAGUGAGGCCAUCAGAUCUACAGAGUCAUAGUGAUUUCCACCUGUUCAAAAUUGGAAUCAAACCCAUGUGGGAGGAUGAAGCAAAUCAGAGAGGGGGAAAAUUGAUAUUGCGACUGAGGAAAGGUUUAGCGUCACGUUGUUGGGAGAACCUAGUUCUGGCAAUGCUGGGAGAGCAGUUCAUGGUUGGAGAAGAGAUAUGUGGUGCUGUUGUGUCAAUUCGAUAUCAGGAGGAUAUAAUAUCUGUUUGGAAUAAGACAGCAUCAGAUUCAUCAACAACAGCAAGAAUACGGGAUACAUUCCGAAGAGUUCUUAACUUGCCACCAAAUACAGUGCUAGAGUAUAAGACUCAUAAUGACAGCCUGAAGGCAUGGAAAACAGUUCCUCCACUCAAGAGCUGAAGCAUCACACACGCUGGUCUUGAGAGUUCUUUUAUCAGGACUUUCUAGACCUUCUAAGUUAUCUCAAGCUUUUUACACAAUUCUAUGAUCAGUAAGAUCGGGUUUGUAGUCAUAAUGUGACCUGCGUACAGAAGGCUAUAAUGUAGCUUGCACAUUACUGCAACAAAAUAAAGUAUCAUUAAGUUUAAAUUGAAUAUGAUGCAGAAAGCCACUAAUGUAUAGAAAGAAGUAAUUUGUAUUAAACUGAAAUUUGUAUAUGAUUGGUUAUUAGUUUCUUGUUGUACUGGAGAAUGUAUUAACCCUGCAUAAUUUAUCAUGUCUUGUGUCAUCUCAUUGGUAGUUUGUAUGUGGUGGUAUGUUGAACUAAGUAAAUAUUGGUCAUGUAUAGGCUUAUGUGUGAUCAUAUGAUUCCUAGUGCAUACAUAUUGUCAAGGGGAGAUUUUUUUCAUGUGACUGCUGCUUCAAAGAGACUUACUAGUUGCUGCACUGUUAUGCUAUGCUUCUUCUCCAUAAUGUAAUAUAUCUGUAAUAUAUCUUAUCUGUAUAUGGUUCUUAAUUGUUUCCAUCAACACAACAAACAUGGUUAUAACCAGCCAAUACUCAGAUUGAAUUUUAUUUUCUAACUGCUACAUGUUUCAGUCCUCGUGGGAACAUCAUCAGGCAAUAUUAUGAUCAUACAAUUGAAGUUAUUUGGACUCCCAAAUAUGGAUCCAUAUAUAGUGCAACCCGUUCAUAUUAUAACAUUAAGCCUGUAUUAGAAAUAUAAGAAUCAUAAUAUUAACUUUCUCAAAUAUUAAGAAUAUACCAAAUAAUUGUAUUAAAAUAUUAGCACAUAAUGUUUACUGAAGAUGACUGAGAUGUUGGAAAGGUGUUAUAUUAUGAAUAAAGCCUUGGGAAUAAAAUUGGAGGUUAUACAAUUAAAAAAAUAAAAUAUUAAAAUCUUAGAACAACUAUUAAGAUUGUGGAAUAUGAUGUUAAAAUUUCUCAUAUAGUGUUAAGCAUUCUCCGUGUUGUGUGAAUGAUUUGUGGAAUGCCAAGUUGAACGUGUCCCAGUGGAAGUUAUUACGCCUGAGAUUCUGCUGUAGUAAAUGUAUUUAUGGAUACUAUUACAUGGGCUAUUAAAGGAGUGUUAAUAUUCAUGCAGUGUA